UUAGUCGUACGCGAAACGAUGCAAACAAACUAAAAUAUAAGAGAGAGAGAGGAUCGACGACGGUUGUGUUUGAUAGAUAUAACAUUAUUACGGACCGCGAGUACAUAAUCCAAACUGUGUGUCUGCUAUAAAAAAUUAUUUAAUUAUAUCUCAACGAAAUGCGAUGUUAUCACGACAAUAUUUUCUGCGAGAAUUAAUAAAUUGGUGCAAUAAUAUCGGCGUAAUUAUAAAUGAUAAAUCAAUUUUUUAUUUGUUUUGUGUGUUUUUUGAUAAAAAUUUAACCGAUUGAUGUGACAGAGUUUCAGCCAGAGUUUCCAUUACUCAUAUAUUGUUACAACGAAAGUUCAUUUACGGGUACCGAUUGAUGAUUCGUUUUUCCGUAAAGAACAAAGAAGUUUUGAGAAAGUUAUGUAGGAGAAAUACAAGUGAUGUUGCAGAUUAUUUUCGUUUGAUAAAUUAACAAAAACAAGAGCUCUGUUUUACACCGAGUCUUUGUACAUUAGCCAUUGCUAAUAUUAAAAAAAACGGUCUACGUCCUCCUUCCGACUUACCGGAAAUUAUUUUCCAUUCAAAUGAAGUUCGUGCCAUAAGAACUAUUUCUUUCAAUAAUUUCAAACUUCUUUGCUCUUUCUUAUAAAAAUAAAAAAACAAUUUUGCAUGAAUAAACAGGCUGAACAGCGGCUGUGUGCGUACGUUAAACUAAUAUAAGUGGAUAUUUACCGAUAUAUUGUAUCUGAAUACAAAGUGUUGAAGAGUAAAUUGAAAAACCGCGAAAAUGGUGGUUACCGGCCCACCGAAUCCUGCCUCAUACAAUCGACCAUCUCGAUUUUUAAAUUCGAGAAUUCAGAUGUCCGAAUUUCCUGAUACAUCGGCAAAUGUUAGUCCGGAAAUGGCAGCAAUGUUGGAAAAUUUUCAAAAGAAAAAAGCUCUUAAUGCGACCACAAACUCUAGGCAAAACGUGAUGAAUUCGAGCACCAGUAGUCUCAAAGAAUCAUCUUCUCAGGUGGUAAACAGCAGCACAACAACGUCCAGUAGUACAUUAACUAGUACGUCACAGCGGCUACAUCACGUUCGAUCAACGUCCGAAAUGUCGACAUCUGAAAGGAAAGCUCAUGCACUUAAGCGUGAUUUAAGUGACAUAAAAAAUUCCAUGUCCGAAAUAAACACUUUAGCAGCAAUGGGUCGUACGCAAGGCGUCGGUGACAUCAAACUAUCAAAUACUACCACUAUGAAUCAGCUAACAGAAAAAAUACGAUCAUCGAUCGAAAAUCUAGUCGACGGACCUGAUAAUGAGCCGUUGGUUACAUUUCCCGAUGACACUCCGUCCGAAGAAUUACACUUGGAUUUGACAACGAACCGUCCCGGCGAAAUGGUAUUGUCAAAUGGCCAUCAACUUAAAACGAUAGGUGAUACGGUCAAAUUUGAGGAGACAAGAACGGUAUCUGCGUCAAGAAAUCAAAUCAUAACCGAUGGAUACAGCAGUGAAUCGGCAUCAACCAAUACAGCCGAAACGAAAAGACUUCAAGCUGGUGAUAUAGAUUAUAAGGAAGCAAAAGCAGCUGCAGCUGUUAGGAAUAAAAUUGAAAUGGAUGGCGUUACGGCUGAACAAAAUGCGGCUAUAAUUAAGGAGGCACGGUCAUUUACAUCCGGUGAUAUCCAACAAAAAGAAUCAAAUCAAGUGUCGGCCGCGCAUACAAAAAUAAAAAGCAAUACAUUCACUUCAGAGGACAGAACCAUUUCACAAGCAGAACGACGGCAAACGGUUACUUCGUCGGGCAUAUUCAAUCAAGAAAAAUUCAAACGAGGGCAUGAGAAAACAAUUACUGGCACAAUGUCUUCAUCUGUCCGACAAAUCAAUGGUUCCAGCAGAGUCGAUGAGAUGCUCAGUUUUGACGACUUGGAACAGUUGUGCAAUAAUGGCAAUACCAAAGAUGUUGAGAAUGCCAUCAACAAGUACUCUCACUAUUUGGAUACGAACAUGAAGUCCCUGCAACGGCCGGAGCACGAGAAAAAGGUGCCAACUGUUUUAGACGGCAUCAAUGAGGUUGUACGCAAAGCUUGGGCAGUACCAACUUAUGGUCACGAACUGGGUUACAGUUUGUGUAAUACGUUGCGGAACAGUGGCGGUUUGGACCUGUUAAUGAAGAACUGUGUGGCUCGUGAUCGCGAUUUACAAUUUUCAUCAGCUCGAUUGCUGGAGCAAUGUUUAACCACUGAAAAUAGAUCUCAUGUUGUGGACAACGGAUUAGAAAAAGUUGUAAACGUGGCCUGUGUGUGUACAAAAAAUCUGAAAACAGAUCAUUCAAGGGUCGGUACAGGAAUCUUAGAGCAUCUGUUCAAACACAGUGAAGGUACUUGUUCGGAUGUGAUUCGAUUAGGCGGUCUAGACGCUGUACUAUUCGAAUGUCGGAAAAACGAUGUUGAAACGUUACGACAUUGUGCUAUGGCAUUAGCUAAUUUAUCGUUGUAUGGCGGUGCCGAGAAUCAAAUCCAUAUGAUCAAUCGGAAGGUACCAAUGUGGCUGUUUCCACUAGCAUUUCACGAUGAUGACAACAUUAAGUACUAUGCUUGUUUGGCCAUCGCUGUUUUGGUUGCAAACAAGGAAAUUGAAGCAGAAGUCCUAAAAUCAGGAACCUUGGAUCUUGUUGAACCAUUUGUUACGUCACAUAAUCCAUCUGAAUUUGCAAAAUCGAAUUUGGCUCAUGCUCACGGUCAAAGUAAACACUGGCUUCAACGCUUGGUGCCUGUAUUAAGUUCGAACAGAGAGGAGGCACGUAACUUGGCAGCUUUUCACUUCUGCAUGGAGGCCGGAAUCAAGAAAGAACAGGGAAACACAGAAAUAUUCCGUGAAAUUGGCGCUAUUGAACCACUGAAAACCGUGGCCAGUUGUCCGAACGCCAUUGCAUCGAAAUUUGCCGCUCAGGCUUUAAGACUUAUUGGCGAAGAGGUGCCACACAAAUUGUCGCAACAAGUUCCACUGUGGUCGGUAGAAGAUGUUAGCCAGUGGGUGAAACAGAUCGGAUUCACCGAAUACAUAAAGAACUUUUACGACUCACGUGUUGAUGGUGAUUUACUGUUACAACUGACUGAAGAAAAUCUACGAGAAGAUAUUGGUAUUUCGAAUGGCAUCAGGCGGCGCCGGUUCAGAAGGGAACUGGAAAAUUUAAAGAAAAUGGCCGAUUACAGUUCGAAAGAUGUGGCCUGUCUCAACAAUUUCCUGCAAAAUAUUGGACCCGAAUUCAGUAUUUACACGUAUUCCAUGCUGAAUGCAGGUGUUGACAAAGAAUCUUUGAAAAAUUUGAACGACGAACAACUGAUCGUGGAGUGUGGAAUCACAAAUUCGAUUCAUCGGUUUAGGAUUUUGAAUUCGAUAAAAAGUUUGGAAACCACUUUGGCCUUGUCGUCAGACGAAAAUAUGGACAAAACAUUGGAUGUUUUUGUGAGUUACAGAAGAAGCAACGGAUCACAAUUAGCCAGCUUAUUAAAGGUUCAUUUGCAACUACGGGGAUUCUCAGUAUUUAUUGACGUGGAACGCUUAGAAGCAGGCAAAUUUGACAACAAUUUACUACAAAGUAUUAGACAGGCGAAGCAUUUCAUUUUGGUGUUAACACCUCGCUCACUGGAUCGAUGUAUUGAAGAUGUCGAAGGAAAGGAUUGGGUUCACCGGGAAAUUGUGGCAGCAUUGACCAGCAACUGCAAUAUAAUUCCGAUUAUUGACAAUUUCCAGUGGCCAGAAGCCGAAGAGUUACCUGAAGAUAUGCGAACCGUAUGCCAUUUUAAUGGCGUCCGAUGGAUACAUGACUAUCAGGAUGCAUGCGUGGAUAAACUUGAAAGAUUCAUGCGUGGUGAACGUGAUGCAAAUUUAAUAAAUUGUAAUUAUCGUGGAAACGCGACGCCUAGUACACCAAGCACAGCAUCAACAACUGUUCGUCAGAAUCCGUUAAUCUACCAAAGAAUGCACAGCAAUGAUUCAGACAAAGAUGGAGCCAAUGGAUCAACAUCGGGUACGGGCCGUGUCUCAGAUUGACUAGAUAGCCCCUCGGUGCAAACAUCACAAAAAAAUCUUAAUUUCCCCAACAAAUUUCGCAAAUCAUCGAGUCCCGCACGCAAAUGGCCAAAUGGUUCACCUGGUCGCAAUCACAUUCAAGCACAAAAUAAACUUGUUGCAAUGCCAACCAAUCAGUUCGGUCUAGCCGGUUCAGCUCAACGCAGUCCAUGUGGCAUGCGUCGAAGCUCAGCUGCUGGUAUUACACAUCAUCGACCGCCAUUGCCACCAAGUACCAUUGGCAAGCGAAGCCAAAGUCUCGAUGGGCUACUCGACACAGCGAAUAACAAAUGCACAACAAUUGAUAACAUUAACACCGAGGGGGCCUCGGACGAUACACCCAACACACUAACAACAACUGACAGUCACACUCACACCAGUUAUGAUACAACCGAUUCUAUCAAUCAAACAUCAACUAAUCACCGCCGUUCACGCAGCCUAGAAGAUUUACUUGAUGAACGAGACGAAAUUCAUUCAAACUAUGACAGCCACUCGAAGAGUGUAGAUAGUUCAAUCGAUACACUAUCAAUGACAACCGAACCAAGCACCGAAUUGGUCAAAGACGAUGAAACAGGUGAUAAAGCUGAUACAUCCAGCAUCGGUUCUGCAUCGUCAUUAAAUCCAUCGCAAACGGAAAAGCCGUGCAGCUGUGAAACGAUUACCGUUCAAAAUACGGUUCCACAGUCAAAUGAGACCGAUUCUAGUGUCGCUGCUGCUCGUCCAGUCGAUGAUGACAGAGUGUCGAAUUUAACCGCCUACAGUCGCCAAGGAUCAACUACGUCGAAGGACAGUGAUAAUAAGAAGAAAACAUUUUUAAAUCGUUAUGUGAAGAAAGUUAAAUCUUUUAUUAAGAAGUGAGAUUAAGGGAGGAAUGAGAUGAUUCUUCUGAAAUCUUUUUUUUUAAUUUAACAGACACAGCCGUCCUAUAUAGAAAACUGUUGACUAUAUUCAAGAUAGCAAUUGAGAUAUGAGUUCGAUUUCGAUGAUUUUUUUUUGUUUUUAGUUUUUUUUUGUGGUCUUGUUCCAUUUUUUGUUUCUUCAUUUUGUUGAGGGUGGAUGGCUCAAUGAAUUUUAAAGGAUUUCUUGCUACUUCUUCUUUUUUGUAUAGACCAUCGGACAUCGUACAUUUCGAUUGAAUAUAAGAUUACGAUUUAUAUUUAAUUGCAAAUCCAAACUAACAUUUUUUUUGUUCGUCAAUUUUAGUUUUGUAAACGAAUUUUCUAAACAAAAAAAAAAACGAAAAUAAAAUUUCACAAAGAAAAUAUUAUUUGUCGAGUACCUGGUUGAUGAAUGUUUUAAUGUACAUUCUGUUUUGGAAUGAGAAUUGCACGAAAAAAAUAUAAAAAUUAAAAAAUCUUAAAAAAAACGAAAAAUCACAAAAUCAUUUGAAAUGUUUAGUUAAAAAAUGUUUAUUUAAUACUAAUCUAGAGUUUAGAACCAAUUUUCGAUGUUUAACUUUUAACUUUAUUUUUUACAAAAACAAAACCAAUUGCGUUCCACUUGAUGUGGUUUUUGAAAAAAAAAAUGAUGACAAAUCUCUCAUAUGUAAGGAAAAUGGAAAAAGAGGAAAAGCUAUUUUUUAGUAAGAUUUUCUUAAAUUAUAAGAAAAGAAAUUUCUAAACAAAAAUGUCCAAAAUUCGUUUACUAAAAAAUCAUGCAAAUUAACAACCAAUUUACACACGCUCCUUUUUGCUUUUAUAUAAAAAUAACGUUUACGUUUACUGUAGGAACAUUAGUUGUAAUUUUUUAUUUAAUUUUAUUUCCAUUUUUGUCUAAUAUUUGUUUAUAUAGUAAAAAUACACACAAAAUAUAUUAAAUAAAAAUUUCAUGUUAUUCAACAUUAAGA